UCCCAUCAACCCCUGCGCUACGUCUUUCCUUCUCUCUCUCUCUCUCUCUCUUUUCCUCGGCGCAUCCCGAGGAGGGGCAGCUCUCUCUUCACCGGCACCAUGCCUGCCCUCAGACCGCUCGUGAAGCCCAAAAUCGUCAAGAAGAGGACCAAGAAGUUCAUUCGUCACCAGUCAGACCGAUAUGUCAAGAUCAAGAGAAACUGGCGUAAACCAAGAGGCAUUGACAACAGAGUGCGAAGACGAUUCAAGGGCCAGAUCUUGAUGCCCAAUAUUGGUUAUGGAAGCAAUAAGAAGACAAAACACAUGUUACCUAGUGGAUUCAGGAAGUUUCUGGUGCACAAUGUCAAAGAGCUAGAAGUGCUGCUGAUGUGCAACAAAUCUUACUGUGCUGAAAUUGCUCACAAUGUUUCCUCGAAGAAUCGGAAAGUCAUAGUUGAGAGAGCAGCUCAGCUAGCCAUCAAGAUUACCAAUCCAAACGCUAGACUGAGGAGUGAAGAAAAUGAGUAAAAAUUUGCACAUUUUUAUUUGUGUUAAAUAAACCACCAAUGACAAAAA